AUGGAGUCUGCCCACCUUCCCUCCAGUGCCAACUAUAUUGUCGUUGGCGGUGGGACCGCCGGCCUGGUCGUAGCUAGCCGAUUAUCCGAGAUUCCGACUGUCCAGGUCCUCGUCUUAGACGCUGGGCUGGGCAAGACCUCGGAUCCCCAGCUGCAGAAUCCAGUGUUAUGGUCCUCCCUCUGCGGCACCGAUCUCGAUUGGCAAUUCAAAACCGUGAGCCAGCCGGGGCUGAACGACCGCGAGCAAAAUCUUCCUGCAGGCAAGGUUCUUGGUGGCUCCUCUGCCAUCAACGGGGCGGCCUUUCUACCUCCCUCGCCUGCUGGAAUCGACACGUGGAGCAGGCUAGGCAACCCGAGGUGGUCUUGGAAGGAUCUAUUGCCGUAUUUGCGGCGAAGCUUUACGCUGACCACUCCUCGUGGGAUACUACUCUCUGAAGUCGGUCUGAAUGCGCAAGUGCAUACAGGGUCCGGUGGGCCCAUCCAAGCCAGGAAUAAAGUCUUCGAGGAGAAUGGCUAUGAAUUUCAGCCCGAUUUGAUCCUUGAAAGAUCCACAGUAGGCACUCGGCCAUACACCGCUACGAUUGACCCGGAGUCUGGUCUCCGGAGCAGCGCCGACAACCAGUAUCGCAGCCUCAAGAAGAAUCGUCCCAACCUGCAAAUAGUGACGGGAGCAACUGUGGAUCGGAUACUACUGUCCAACGACGCUGUAUCUCAUGAAGUUCUAGCCACAGGGGUCCAAGUUCGCCUUGCCGACGGAAAAUUGACCGAAAUCAAGGCCACGAAAGAGGUCAUCCUGGCCGCCGGAGCUUUCCAGACACCCAAGCUUCUCGAACUCUCUGGGAUCGGCAACAAAACCAUACUUGCCCGCCAUGGCAUCACACCCAUCAUAGACAAUCCCGGCGUUGGUGAGAACUUACAGAACCAUUCGAUGUAUGUCCAGCCCGUCGGGCUGAAGCCUCAGGAAGGCACGCUUACCGCAGGGCUGCAAGCUCUGGCCUUUGUUCGGACCGGUGAUGAAGCCGACCUCGCGGCAAAGCAUCUCUCUCCCACAGAUCCCGAGAAGGUGACCUGCGAUGAUAUCUUGAGAAACCCAGAAGAAGCUUCCGCCAACUUCUUUGUGAGCACAAGGCCAACCAACAACGUUGCCAUCCUAGGAGUGAUUCAGUGCCAUCCUUUAUCCAGGGGUAGCAUUCAUAUCAGCAGUGGCACAGAUGACCCUGACAGUAAACCCGAGGUCGAUCCACGCUUUUACUCGAAUCCAAUCGCCACAUCUCCCACCCUGCAGCCCUUCUUAGAUUGUUCCGCGGUAAAGGUGCCCGAGGAUUUGGAGGCAGCUAAGGCUCUUCUAGGGUUACCGGCGCAGCUUUGGAUCCACAUAUCUAUAUCGUCCGCAUUAUCGAAGAUUAAAAGCCACCGCCCCGUACUCUGA